UACACUUCCUUUCCUCCAUUAGAUUGCAACCAUGGGCCGCCGACCAGCCCGUUGUUACAGAUAUUGUAAGAACAAGCCUUACCCCAAGUCCCGUUUCUGUCGGGGUGUGCCUGAUCCAAAGAUCAGGAUCUUUGACCUGGGCAGGAAGAAGGCUAAGGUGGAUGAGUUCCCCCUGUGCGGUCACAUGGUAUCAGAUGAGUAUGAGCAGCUGUCCUCAGAAGCUCUGGAAGCUGCCCGCAUCUGUGCCAACAAGUACAUGGUGAAGACUUGCGGCAAAGAUGGUUUUCACAUCCGUGUGCGUCUGCAUCCUUUCCACGUCAUCCGCAUCAACAAAAUGUUAUCCUGUGCUGGAGCUGAUAGGCUCCAGACUGGGAUGCGUGGUGCCUUUGGAAAGCCCCAGGGCACAGUGGCCCGUGUGCACAUUGGUCAGGUGAUCAUGUCUGUGCGCACAAAGACCCAGAACAAGGAACACGUCAUUGAGGCUCUGAGGAGGGCCAAGUUCAAGUUCCCCGGACGUCAGAAGAUCCAUAUCUCCAAGAAGUAUGGCUUCACCAAGUUCAACGCAGUCGACUUUGAUGACAUGCUGCAGGAGAAGCGUCUGAUUCCUGAUGGUUGUGGGGUGAAAUAUAUCCCCAGCCGUGGGCCACUGAGCCGCUGGAAGGCACUGCACGCCAACUGAGCACCUCACACGCACAGCACUCACACUGCUGCUGAUGCGACACAUGGCCUCCAGUGACCCAGUUUAGACCAUAAUAAAAUCAACAUUUGAUUACAAAA